CUCGCCAACUUUCUCUUCUAUAUAUUCUUUAGCCCUCUAGCUCUUUGAAUUUUACAUAAAAUGAAGAUCGUAAAGCUAUUCCUUUUUCUAGUUUUGGCAAUCAUAUUCUCUCAUUAUGCAUCACAUGCAGCUGAAGUUGAAACAAACAGCAAAGAGAAUGCUACUAAUUUGUCGGAUGAUGAAGUUUCCAACCAUCUUGCUUCGAUUGAAGACGAAGAUUCUCCGUUGGGUUUGGCUCGCCGUCUUCUCUUCCCCUUCCAAUCUUUGCAGAAGGGAUUAUUGACUUGCAACAAAUACCCUAGAGUGUGCAGAAGGAAGGGCAGUGCAGGGCCUGAUUGUUGCAAGAAAAAGUGUGUAAACGUUGAGAGAGAUAGAAACAACUGUGGAAGGUGUGGAAAGAAAUGCAAGUACUCGAAGAUAUGCUGCAAAGGGAAAUGUGUGAAUCCAUUGUUCAAUAGGAAGCAUUGUGGAGGCUGCAACAUUGAAUGCAGUAAAGGAAGCUUCUGCGUCUAUGGAAUGUGUGGUUAUGCUUAAUUAUUAAUUAUUUUGGGGAGAAACUAUUGUAUCCCAUUCAUAAUCGGCAAAGAUUACAAAAAUUAGAAGAAGAAGAGACUAGAAGAAAGACUUUCGAUUGAGAGAAAUUGUGAAUUUAGAUGAUUAUUAGAGAAAUAUUAUUUGAUUAUGAUUUUACAACUAUUUGACAAUGAAAAAUGUGGAUCCUCAACCUGUUUCUCAUAAUAGUGUCACAUUGGUUUUGGGUUUCAUUAUACCAUAUUAGAAAAACAUGGGCUCCAUCUCACCUCACAAUACAUAAAGAUUGUGAUCAAUUUUCUCCAUUAUGGAGAGUCUUAAGAUUUUUUUCUAAAUAUGAAAUUAGUUUUAUUU